UCGUCCGCCCGCCUGCCUCUCGUCCGCCAUGAGAGCGGGAGGGGCCGGGACCGGGCCGGCGUUCCUCCCGCGGUGCCCGAGGGCCUGUGCGGGCCGGGAGGCGCCGCGAGGCCGUGGGGCGGUGUGGGAGCGGCUGCCGGCGCCCGGCACGUUAAUGCGGGGAGAGGAGGGGACGGGCGGUGCAGGACGGAGGUCGUACGUACGGAGCGAUCCCCUGCGCUUCUACAGCGCGGCUGUCCCGCCCGGCCGCGCUCUGCAAGCCGUCCGCCCCGCUGCAGCCUCAGCGCGCGGGUGUGGGACGCGGCUCUGCACGGCUUGUUGGUCACAACAACCCCAGGCAACCACACAGGCCUGGGGAGCAGUGGCUGGAAAGCUGCCUGGUGGAAAGGGACCUCGGUGCACUGUUGGCUGAAUAUGAGCCAGCAGUGUGCCCAGGUGGCCAAGAAGGCCAAUGGCAUCCUGGCUUGGAUCAGGAAUGGUGUGGUGAGCAGGACUAGGGAAGUCAUCCUGCCCCUGUACUCGGCACUGGUGAGGCCUCACCUCGAGUGCUGUGUUCAGUUUUGGGCACCUCAGUACAGAAAGGACAUGGAGGUGCUGGAGCAGGUCCAAAGAAGGGCAGCAAGGCUUGUGAAGGGCUUGGAGAAUAUGGCCUAUGAGGAGAGACUGAAGGAACUGGGGCUGUUCAGGCUGGGGAAAUGGAGGCUGAGGGGAAACCUUACUGCUCUCUUCCAGCACCUGAAAGGUGCCUACAGCGAGAGUGGGGCUGGUCUCUUGUCACUGGUGGCAGGUGACAGGAUGAGGGGAAAUGGCCUCAAGUUGUGCCAGGGUAAGUUUAGGUUGGAUAUCAGGAAAAACUUCUUUACAGAAAGGGUUGUGAAGCACUGGCAUAGGCUGCCCAGGGAGGUGGUUGAGUCACCAUCCCUGAAUGUGUUUGAAAACCGUUUGAAUGUGGUGCUCAGGGACAUGAUUUAGCAGAGGGCUGUUAGUUAGGGUAGGAUGGUCAGGUUGUGGUUGGACUUGGUGAUCAUUAAGGUGUGUUCUAACCUGAGCUAUUCUAUGAUUCUAUGAAAAGCAUAUCAGCCAGGAAAUGUUGGAAUUAUUAAGGGAAAAAGAGGGAAUGCGGCAGAGAGCAUAGUGUGGGAGAAGAGAGGAAUGAGGGUUGAUGAAUACAGGGAAGCUCUGCUAAGGGACAGAAGCCAGGGGCUGUGGUGGGAGCAGCCCACACACGGCUGUGGAGUGGUGGGGCUGUAUGAGGUGGGGUCACACAUCAGUUCCUUCCCAUGCGAUAAGUGCCUGCAUCUAGUGGAUCCGGUAGCCGUGUUCACUGCAAGAAGAGGUCGGGUUUCAUAACGUGGAACUUGCUGCUGUGGGACAUUAUAGAUCACUUUAUGUGUAUUUAAGGAUACUGGUAAGGGUCUGUUAGAGAACUGCAUUCCCAGAAUAAAUCACUUUAGCCAGAAAUGCCCUUCAUGGAGAAAGAUUAUAGACUGGGAGAAGGCAGAGUGGGUCAUUGUCACCUCUGCUUACUUGCCUUAGUCUCACUCUUUCCAGGACAGCUGGUUCUGGCUGUCUUCAAGAUACUUCAAGAACUGCCAGCAUCAACCCUUGUCUGAACUAGUGAAGCUUCUCUUUUGAACCUCUUGUUGUGGAUGUUAAUGAAAGUUCUCCAGAGAUCCCAAAAUGGAGCUGUUUUUGGACUGUGAAUGCCCCGGGUUCACAUCAUCUUGUCCCUCCUUCCUUCCCAGUUCCGUUUUGUAUGCAGGUUUGUCAGGCCUUCUUUUUUGAUGUCCCCCUCCUGGGAUCCCCCUCAGUGGCUGUGUGAUGCUACCAGGCCCCAAAGCCUUGCAGCUGGUUGACAGACAUCCCAGAUGUUUGGGGAGUUUUGUUUCACUUUGGGAAGACCCUAUGAAACAGAUGCACAUAUGGCCUAGCACCUCUCAGUUUCUUCUGGCUGCACCAUGCUAGGAGGAUUGUUGUGGUUAAGUUACUUUGGCUGCUGUACUUAAUAUGCUUUGUCCUGUCAGCCCCUCUUGUGAAAUUUGGCAUUCUUGUACAUUUGGCAGUGCUCAGGUAACUUGUCAGAUCCUUGAGCAAAAGCUGAGCUUUCUCUAAAUUGCUUUUCAGAUUUAAAGAUCUGAACACUUCAGAGGAGAGGUCUUUCUGUGUCAGGGUAAUUUCUGUUUGGAGCAGGACCGCUGAGAGAAGUCUGCUGCUCUGCGUGCCUGCUUGGCUGCCUGCUGCUGGUGGAGACCUGGGCCUUGGAUCCUUGCAUUCAGCGGCUGGAACAUGAACAGAGCCCCUUGCUUUUCAGGAAAAUGGAUGAUGAUGAUGAUGACGUUCCCCAGCUUUCAUCCCAUACAUUGGCUGCCCUCCAGGAGUUCUAUUUGGAACAGCAGCAGAGAGAGGGCAUGAAGACCUCCCAGGGGUUUAAUCAAUAUUCUGUUGGCUCAAUAGAAGAAGACUGGCAACUGAGCCAGUUUUGGUACAGUGAUGAGACUGCAUCGUGCCUGGCUAAUGAAGCGAUUGUGGCAGCAGGAAAAGGUGGCAGGAUAGCCUGUGUCAGUGCACCCAGUGUGUACCAGAAGCUGAAAGAACAGGAUGGCACAGAUUUUUCCGUGUGUAUCCUGGAGUAUGACAGAAGGUUUUCUGUGUAUGGAGAAGAAUUUAUCUUCUAUGAUUACAACAACCCUUUGAACUUACCUGAACAUCUCCUGCCGCACAGCUUUGACAUUGUGGUAGCAGAUCCACCCUAUCUGUCCGAGGAGUGUCUUCAAAAAACUGCAGAGACCAUCAAGUACUUAACAAAAGGAAAGAUUCUGCUUUGCACAGGUGCAAUCAUGGAGGAACAGGCAGCAAAGCAUCUUGGUGUGAAGAUAUGCAAGUUUAUUCCAAAACACUCUCGGAAUCUGGCUAAUGAAUUUCGAUGUUAUGUGAAUUAUUCUUCUGGACUGGACUGAUUCUUGGGAGAAGAUCUGGAACUUUCUCAGAAGAUCUGGAACUUUUUCAAUCAAGUUACUUUGUAUUUUUUCUCAGUGACUCACAAUGCUGAAACAUUCCACUCCAAGCAGCAUUUUCUGGGCUAGAAGUAAUCAACACAGGAUGAUGGUGUUUCUCUUUUAGAUGUGUAAGCAUUUGCAAGUGUUGUUUACCUUACUUGUUAGGUAAGUGGGGACACAAACAGUGCAGGUUCUGCAUAAUGGAAACUUCUUCGUUAGAGUUCCAUUCCAACCAGUAGUUUUUACCAUUGGAGUACUUUUCUGUGACCUUGCUGAAGUGAUUUUAGCUGGUUGGCCUCUAAUGCCACGUAGGUGCUUGCCUGACAGACAUCAGAUCUGUCAGCUGUGUCAGCCUGCUGACUUGGUAGCUAGCGGAUGAUUGAAAGAGCGUGAAUGUUGGUCUCCCCUUUCAGAGCUGUUUGUUCCAAACAUGAUGUGUUCAGAUUCAUUAUCCAGCAAGCUGAUGUUUUUCUAAAGAAUAACUGAAGGGAAAACGCAUCUCCUUCUGGGUAGGUCUCUCCAGUUGCUUUUUAGAAUAAUCAAAGAUUUGCCAACUAAGAUAAGACCUACUAUCUAUUAUUGUCACCAGAGUGGCUUCAAAAAAAAAUAAAUGCAGAGGUUGUUUCACCUUUUAUAAAGGUUUUUCAAAAAUCCAGGCUUUGUUUUUGUAGAAGAUGAGAUCUAUUUUGUCAGCAGUUGUCACCAUGUAAACUUGCAUACGUGUGUCGUGCUUGAAAAAAGUCGUGUUAAACAUCUCUUUGCAGCAGUGCAGUGCAUUUAUUUUGCAAUACAGAAUAAACAUGAGCAACAAAAACUGAUUAACUUGAAAAACAAACAAGAAAUACCCAACUAGACUUUUGUAUUCACUAGCUAAGCUUAUCUCUAAAUGUUGGUAUAAACCUCACGUCUCCUUGAGAAAAUCACAAUAAGGAUUCACCCCCUAGACAGAGCUUCACUUUCGUUAAGAAUGCUGUAUGUAAGUCAGGUAAAAUCAGCUUAAAAUACAAAAUAAUUAAUAAAAAUGCCACACAUCAGCCAGUUGUCUAAAUCAGUGCUUCAGACCGUGUCCAUGGAUUCUCUUUGAAUUGCUCCUAUUGCUGGCUAGGGAAUACUGCUUGUGUAGUGACCUGACUCGCACAUGGGCAGCAGAUCUUGAAUCGCCGUGGAUCUGAUUAAAUGCAGUGCCUACAUUUUCAGCAAUUUCAAUAUUGAUAAGCUAAAGAUAAUUUACAGAUAUAUCAAGUUUGUAGUUCCAAGAACAGGUCUUUUUUUCUGAAUACCAAUUUUCUUCUUGGUCUUCUGUUCCACAGACUGAAGUGUUAGGAGUACAACAGAAAUUGUUGGAUCUUAAAAGGCCGACGAGGUAUAACGUUUGUAAUGAACUCCUACUGUUUCUAACAGGCAAAUAUUAAAUUUUAUAUAAAAGA